AUGGCUUUGAAGCGCAAGGUCACGGACGAGGACAAUUAUACACCUUCAAAAAGGUCUCAAAUAGGUGCCGCGGCGGACACCACAGAGCUGGACUACGCUUCAGACGAUUCAGCAGACUGGAGAGUCAACUACACCGAUAAUGGGAAAUUGAGGGCAGAGAGCGAAGCCCGCCGGCAAUGGAACUAUGUCUGCCCUAUGUGCUCCCAGCGAUUCAACCGACCAUGCCGUCUCGAAACACACAUGCGAAGCCAUAAUAAGGAACGUCCAUUUGCUUGUACCGAAUUGGGAUGCGAUAAGACAUUCCCUCGCAAAGAUCAUUUGCAGCGCCAUCUGAAGAAUGCCCAUAGCGAUCCGGCAACCGAACGAACAUUCGUAUGCGAUUGGAAUGAUUGCGGGAAGAGCUUCACAUCCAAUGGCAGGCUACAAAGGCACAGGGAUGUCCACGAGUCCAAAUUCCACUGCACCGAAUACCCGCCUUGCAAUGAAUCAUUCAGAAAGGCAAAAUCACUCGAGGCACAUGUCAAGAGUCAGCAUCUAGCAGUUAAGCCAUAUGUCUGUACCCAUGUGGACGAGGAAACAGGUCAGAGGUGUACAAGCGGGUUUCAGACUGAGGGUGCAUUGCAACGGCACGUGGGUCGAUCACACAAUAAGACGCAAGAGCAAGGUCAUUUCUGCAUGUUGUGUGUGGACGUUACCAGCGAAGGCAAGAUGCCGACAGACUCUACAGACACACAGCAACUACCGUCAUUUGCGACCAAAGAAGAGUUGGAUGCACAUACAGCUGAGUUUCAUCCACCAGUAUGCAUAGAGUGCGGACAGAAAUUCAAGAGCGCAUCUACACUCAAGACGCAUUUCGAAACUGCACAUGGCGACCCACAAGACCAGCGACAGUACCCAUGCCCGAGGCUGGGCUGCGAGAGCGUGUUCAAUCGAAAGCACAACCUCACAGUGCACAUUCAAAACGUCCACGAUAAGCAAUUCAACUAUGUGUGUGCAGCAGAAGCCGUGCAAACCACCAAACACGCAGACCUCAAAGCCUGGAACGGACAAGAUGCCUGCGGCGCCUCAUUCAAAGCAAGGUCCUCACUAGACCAGCACAUCCGAAAACACCAUCUCAACCUCGGCAACCGCAAGCAGCUACGACAGGCGGCCAAAUCGAAAAAGAAACCAGAAGCCUCGAUGCUCACCAUGCUCACGGGCGUGGGCUACGAAAAGGACCGCGACAUACCUUGCCUCGUCGAAAACUGCGCUUACUGCUUCUACCUCGAUCGCGAUCUCCGGCGCCACCUACGCGCCGAGCACCACCUGUCCGACGACGAAAUGGAAGAAAAGAUUCUAGAACGCGAUGCCAUGACUGGCGGCCAGUUCUGGAUUGGUGGCUUCGACGAGUCGAUGAAUUUGUUUGCUGAUUCCGCCACGCCCAGUAUGCCGGAAACGCCUGGCCCGUACUUCACUAAUGGUUCGAAUACGCCUAUGCUGCCUUGUUCUGAGCCGGAUCCCAAGGGCUUGCAUCAUUUGGGGAGUGGAGGCGGGGGUUUCAACCAGCAGUUUGAUCACCUUGGACUUGCUGACGAAGAGGCGGAGAUGGAUUUGGGCAUGGGGUUGGCUGAUUUGCCGCCGGCGGUUGAUGUUCAGGGCGAGCUGCAGUGGGAUAUGCUUGUGCCGGUCGAGCAGUAUAAUAGCGACGUUACUCGCGGUUAA